CCUGGGAUCUGAACCAGUGAACCCUGGGCUGCCAAAGUGGAAUAUUGCAGAUUAUUACUAUGAAGAAAGAACCUGUAUCCUUCGUUGUGUCUUACACCUUCUCACUUACUUCCAAGAUGAAAGACACCCCUAUAGGGUUGAGUAUGCAGACUGUGUUGAUAAAUUGGAGAAGGAGCUAGUUACAAAAUACAGACAGCAGUUUGAAGAGCUUUAUAAAACUGAAGCACCAACGUGGGAGACACAUGGAAACCUCAUGGAGCAGUAGAGAACUGUGGACAAUUCUGCUUGGAAGGUCGGCUCUGAGAGAACUGAAUCAGAUUGAGGCAGAACUGAGUAAACAUUGGCAGCGGCUGUUAGAGGGGCUUUCUUACUACAAACCUCCCAGUCCGAAUUCCGCUGAAAAAGUGAAAGCUAAUAAAGAUGUAGCUUCACCUCUGAAGGAACUGGGUUUAAGAAUCAGCAAGUUCUUGGGUCUUGAUGAAGAACAGAGUGUACAGUUACUCCAGUGUUACCUUCAAGAGGAUUACAGAGGUACCCGGGGCUCACUGAAGUCAGUACUGCAAGACGAGAGGCAGAGCCAGGCCCUAAUCCUGAAGAUUGCAGAUUAUUACUAUGAAGAAAGAACCUGUAUCCUUCGUUGUGUCUUACACCUUCUCACUUACUUCCAAGAUGAAAGACACCCCUAUAGGGUUGAGUAUGCAGACUGUGUUGAUAAAUUGGAGAAGGAGCUAGUUACAAAAUACAGACAGCAGUUUGAAGAGCUUUAUAAAACUGAAGCACCAACGUGGGAGACACAUGGAAACCUCAUGACUGAGCGCCAAGUGUCUCGCUGGUUUGUUCAGUGUCUUCGGGAACAGUCCAUGCUGCUAGAAAUCAUUUUCCUUUAUUAUGCAUACUUUGAGAUGGCGCCUAGUGACUUACUGGUAUUAACCAAGAUGUUUAAAGAGCAAGGAUUUGGUAGUAGGCAGACCAACAGGCACCUGGUGGAUGAGACCAUGGAUCCUUUUGUGGACCGGAUUGGCUACUUCAGUGCCCUUAUCCUGGUGGAGGGCAUGGAUAUUGAAUCCUUGCAUAAGUGUGCUCUGGAUGACAGGAGAGAGCUGCACCAGUUGGCCCAGGACGGGCUUAUUUGUCAGGAUAUGGACCGUUUGAUGUUGACCUUUGGGGACAUUCCACAUCAUGCCCCAGUGCUUUUGGCUUGGGCUCUCCUCCGUCACACCCUGAGUCCAGAUGAGACAAGCAGUGUUGUCCGGAAGAUAGGUGGCACGGCCAUCCAGCUGAAUGUAUUUCAGUACUUGACCCGACUACUCCGCUCACUAGCCAGUGGAGGAAAUGAUUGUACCACCAGCACUGCGUGCAUGUGUGUCUAUGGACUCCUUUCUUUCGUUCUGACCUCGCUGGAGCUGCACACGCUGGGCAAUCAGCAGGAUGUAAUCGACACAGCAUGUGAAGUCCUGGCAGACCCUUCUCUUCCAGAACUGUUCUGGGGAACAGAGCCAACCUCUGGUCUUGGGAUCAUUCUGGACAGUGUGUGUGGAAUGUUUCCUCAUCUCCUCUCCCCGCUCCUGCAGUUGCUACGAGCCCUUGUAUCAGGGAAGUCUACUGCCAAAAAGGUGUAUAGUUUCUUGGAUAAGAUGUCUUUCUACAAUGAACUUUAUAAGCACAAGCCCCAUGAUGUGGUCUCCCAUGAAGAUGGAACUCUGUGGCGGAGGCAAACACCUAAACUCCUUUAUCCUCUUGGGGGUCAGACCAACCUUCGCAUACCUCAAGGCACUGUGGGCCAAGUAAUGCUGGAUGACAGGGCUUACCUGGUGCGCUGGGAAUACUCCUACAGCAGCUGGACCCUCUUUACCUGUGAGAUUGAAAUGCUGCUUCAUGUUGUUUCCACUGCAGACGUGAUUCAGCACUGUCAGCGGGUCAGACCCAUCAUUGAUCUGGUCCAUAAGGUCAUCAGUACAGAUCUGUCCAUAGCAGACUGUCUCCUGCCCAUCACGUCUCGCAUCUACAUGCUGCUGCAGCGGUUAACCACAGUGAUCUCCCCGCCUGUGGAUGUCAUUGCUUCUUGUGUCAAUUGCUUGACCAUUUUGGCUGCCCGGAACCCUGCAAAGGUCUGGACUGAUCUUCGUCACACAGGCUUUUUACCAUUCGUGGCCCACCAGGUCUCCAACAUGAGUCAGAUGAUUAGUGCAGAGGGAAUGAAUGCUGGAGGGUACGGAAACCUCUUGAUGAAUAGUGAACAGCCCCAGGGCGAGUAUGGGGUCACUAUUGCCUUUCUGCGCUUGAUCGCCACUCUUGUCAAGGGGCAGCUUGGCAGUACCCAGAGCCAAGGGCUGGUGCCCUGUGUCAUGUUUGUGCUGAAGGAGAUGCUUCCUAGCUACCACAAGUGGCGCUACAACUCACAUGGUGUGAGAGAACAGAUUGGUUGCCUGAUCCUGGAGCUGAUUCAUGCAAUACUGAACCUGUGCCAUGAGACAGACCUGCACAGCAGUCACACCCCCAGCCUGCAGUCUCUCUGCAUCUGCAGCCUGGCCUAUACAGAAGCAGGACAGACAGUUAUUAAUAUCAUGGGCAUCGGCGUGGACACCAUUGACAUGGUGAUGGCUGCUCAGCCACGCAGUGAUGGGGCAGAGGGCCAGGGGCAGGGCCAGCUGCUGAUCAAGACAGUGAAACUGGCAUUCUCCGUUACCAACAAUGUUAUUCGGCUGAAACCUCCUUCUAAUGUGGUAUCCCCUCUGGAACAGGCUCUCACACAACAUGGUGCCCAUGGGAACAACCUCAUUGCUAUUCUUGCCAAAUACAUCUACCACAAACAUGAUCCUGCUUUGCCGCGCCUUGCCAUCCAGCUGCUGAAACGUCUGGCCACGGUGGCCCCAAUGUCAGUGUAUGCCUGUCUGGGCAAUGAUGCGGCUGCCAUUCGAGAUGCCUUCCUGAUCCGACUACAGAGCAAGAUUGAGGACAUGCGCAUCAAAGUCAUGAUUCUAGAAUUCCUCACGGUUGCAGUAGAGACUCAGCCAGGCCUCAUUGAACUAUUUCUGAAUCUGGAGGUGAAGGAUGGCAGUGAUGGCUCCAAGGAAUUCAGCCUUGGGGUAUGGAGCUGUCUCCAUGCGGUGCUGGAGCUGAUUGAUUCCCAGCAAGAGGAUCGCUACUGGUGCCCACCCCUGCUGCAUCGUGCGGCCAUUGCCUUUCUGCAUGCCCUGUGGCAGGACCGUCGGGACAGUGCCAUGUUGGUCCUCAGAACCAAACCCAAGUUUUGGGAGAAUUUAACCAGUCCACUGUUUGGCACCCUUUCUCCUCCCUCAGAAACAUCUGAGCCCAGCGUCCUGGAAACUUGUGCCCUCGUCAUGAAGAUAAUUUGCUUGGAGAUAUACUAUGUAGUUAAGGGCUCAUUAGACCAGUCAUUAAAAGAUACACUCAAGAAAUUUUCCAGCGAGAAUCGCUUCACCUACUGGUCAGGGUAUGUCAAGUCCUUGGCAGUUCACACGGCUGACACAGAGGGCAGCAGCUGCACCUCCUUGGUAGAGUAUCAGAUGCUGGUCUCCGCCUGGAGGAUGCUUCUCAUCAUUGCCACAAGUCACGCGGAGAUAAUGCACCUGACCGACUCUGCAGUGCGUCGCCAGCUCUUUCUUGACGUGCUUGAUGGGACCAAAGCGUUACUCCUAGUCCCGGCCUCAGUGAACUGCCUCCGCCUCGGCUCCAUGAUGUGCACUCUGCUGCUCAUCCUCCUCCGGCAGUGGAAGAGAGAGUUAGGUUCUGUGGAUGAAAUCCUCGGACCGUUGACGGAGAUAUUGGAGGGAGUGCUGCAGGCAGACCAGCAACUCAUGGAGAAGACCAAGGCCAAGGUGUUCUCAGCAUUCAUCACAGUGUUGCAGAUGAAGGAGAUGAGAGUGAGUGACAUCCCUCAGUACUCCCAGCUGGUGCUGAAUGUCUGUGAGACCCUCCAGGAAGAGGUGAUUGCACUCUUCGACCAGACCCGCCAUAGUCUGGCUUCGGGCAGUGCCGCGGAGGACAAGGACAGCAUGGAGACUGAUGACUGCUCACGGCUCCGCCACAAGGACCAGCGUGAUGGGGUGUGUGUCCUGGGCCUGCACCUGGCCAAGGAGCUGUGUGAGGUGGAUGAGGAUGGUGACUCGUGGCUGCAGGUGACCCGCAGGCUCCCCAUCCUGCCGACCCUCCUCACUACCCUAGAGGUGAGCCUUCGCCUGAAGCAGAACCUGCACUUCACUGAGGCGGCGCUGCACCUGCUCCUCACCCUGGCUCGCACCCAGCAGGGAGCCACAGCAGUGGCUGGAGCCGGCAUCACCCAGAGCAUUUGUUUGCCCCUCCUGAGUGUGUACCAGCUCAGCACCAAUGGGACGGUGCAGACACCCAGCACUUCUCGGAAAUCCCUGGAUGCCCCCUCUUGGCCGGGGGUCUACCGCCUGUCAAUGUCUUUGAUGGAGCGGCUCCUUAAAACUCUGCGCUACAACUUCCUCACCGAGGCCCUGGACUUCAUGGGCGUUCAUCAGGAACGGACCCUACAGUGCCUCAGUGCGGUGAGGACAGUGCAGAGUCUGGCCUGCCUGGAGGAGGCGGACCACACUGUGGGCUUCAUUCUGCAGCUCUCCAGCUUCAUGAAGGAAUGGCACUUCCACCUGCCUCAGCUCAUGCGGGAUGUCCAGGUCAGCCUGGGCUACUUGUGCCAGGCCUGCACCUCCCUCCUGCACAGCCGCAAGAUGCUGCAGCACUACCUGCAGAACAAAAAUGGGGACGGUAUCCCCUCGGCUGUCACCCCUCGAGUUCAGCGGCCACCCACAGCUGCCCCUGCUGCCCCCUCCUGCUCUUCCUCCAAGCAGCCCUCUGCUGACACAGAGGCCUCGGAGCAGCGAGCCUUGCACACAGUCCAGUACGGCCUUCUCAAGAUCCUCAGCAGGACCCUGGCGGCCCUGCGCCACUUCACCCCGGACGUCUGCCAGAUCCUGCUGGACCAGUCCCUGGACCUUGCUGAAUACAACUUCCUAUUUGCCCUGAGCUUUACCACUCCCACCUUUGACUCUGAAGUGGCCCCUUCCUUCGGGACCCUUCUGGCCACAGUGAAUGUGGCCCUAAACAUGCUUGGAGAGCUGGACAAGAAAAAGGAGCCACUCACCCAGGCUGUGGGGCUCAGCACACAGGCGGAAGGGACCAAAACACUGAAGUCUCUCCUCAUGUUUACCAUGGAAAACUGCUUCUACCUGCUCAUCUCCCAGGCAAUGCGUUACCUUAGGGACCCAGCUGUGCACCCCCGGGACAAACAGCGGAUGAAGCAGGAGCUCAGCUCAGAGUUGAGCACGCUGCUUUCCAGCCUCUCGCGCUACUUCCGCCGGGGAGCCCCCAGCUCCCCUGCUGCUGGUGUCCUCCCCUCGCCUCAGGGCAAGUCCACCUCUCUCUCCAAGGCCAGCCCUGAGAGUCAGGAGCCUCUGAUCCAGCUAGUGCAGGCCUUUGUCCGACACGUGCAAAGAUAGGGCAGUGGCAUGCCACCUUCCUACCACUCGCCACCAGCCUGCACAGCAGCCCUGGGCAGCAGGGUGCUGCUGGCCCUAUGGGGCCCUGUUUGGGACUGAGAGCAGCUCCUGUCACCCUCUCCCCAGAGUGGCCACGACUCCAACCACCCUGCCCACUGGCAUUAUUUUUAUAAUAGAUCAAGAGGUCAGCAGCAGGGGCGGGGAGCCAGGAGUCUGCUGUGCUCACGUGCUCAUGUUCCAAAUGCCCCAAAGAAGUGUAUUCCUUUCCUUCAAGCAUUCCCCCACAGCACUUGAGCCCAGCCUGGGGAGAGGGGGGCGCUGUAUGCACGGGUUUGAAAAUGUUUUCCAUGCUCUGUUCUUGCAGUUUUUUGGUAAUACUGUGGUCUAUUUAUACAAAUAUUAAAGUACUGUUUAUAGA